AAGUCCAAAGAGUAGGUUUUAAUCACUUUAUCAAUUCCCAAAUUAACAAAAUUUUAAACUUGAUAGUGUUCAUGUUACUUCACGGACUAGUAAUACUAUCCCCUCUCACUUGUGUCAUGAACAUGGUUCAGGCCUCUGAUACGGCUGAUCAGAAGGCAGCAUUGGAAGCAACUUCCAGUAGGAACUGGAAUCUUCCUCGAAAACUCAAGGUAGCAUACCCACCGGAAAACAUGAGAGGAAAUGACAAAUAUUAUACAGCGGCAAAAUUGAAAGCCAUCAAAAUCAUGCUCGCUCUCGAUAGUGAUCGUCAGUCGGGCACUGUUAAAAUUGCUUCCACUAAGCAUUUCUCUGCCGAAGUAAACGCGGAGCCAGAAAGAAUACUCGGGACACCGAAACCAUCUUCUCCAAAUCCCAACCCACUUCAUCAUCAUGGCACUCCUCCCCGGAAUGAGGGCCGUAAAUUUUCACCACCACCACCGAUGUCAUUGUAUUGUCAGUCGUGCCGUUAAAAUUUUCAUAUGCAUUGACCCGUUGACUCUGUAUCUUCUUAUUGUUGUUAAUGAUCACUCCUGCCUCCUCUUGGCUGCUGAUCCUGGCUAUGGACUCCACUAUUAGAUCUAGUUACUUCUCCAGAUAAAACCUCAAGGAGAGGGACAGUUCUUACAGCAUGUUCCGGUGCAAUGGAUCACGAGAUAAUUUAGAAUGUCAAUCUAGAUACUUCUACAAUUCAUUACGUUGUCGAGUUCAAAAAACUCUAAUUGUAUCUCAAAUACAAUAUUUAUUGCUUAAUUUGUAAAAUACAAUGUUAUAAUUUAUUUUCAU